CUGAGGCGUGACGUUGUAGUGCGCACGUGACUCAUUUAGUUCUUCUGCUGUUUUCUGCUCAGCAACUCGCUUGGCCCGCUGGUCUCGUUCGCGUUAGCUGCUGACGGCCGCUGUCGUCCAUCCCUUGCGUGCUCUACGCCGUCGGCGAUCGGUCGGUGGACACUCCCGGCCGACGAGAUGUUGUCGCUCAUCAACAGGAUCCUUGACUGGUUCAAGAGCCUCUUCUGGAAAGAGGAGAUGGAGCUCACGCUGGUGGGACUUCAGUAUUCGGGGAAGACCACCUUCGUGAACGUCAUCGCCUCUGGACAGUUUUGCGAAGACAUGAUACCGACGGUCGGCUUCAACAUGCGAAAGGUGACCAAGGGAAAUGUUACUAUCAAGAUCUGGGACAUCGGAGGGCAACCCAGGUUUCGCAGCAUGUGGGAACGAUAUUGCCGAGGUGUCAACGCCAUUGUCUACAUGGUGGACGCCCACGACCAGGACAAGAUGGAGGCGUCUCGCAACGAGCUGCACAACCUGCUAGACAAGCCCCAGCUGGCGGGGAUCCCCGUGCUGGUGCUGGGCAACAAGCGGGACCUGGCCGGCGCCCUUGACGAGAAGGAGCUCAUCGACCAGAUGAACCUUUCGGCCAUCCAGGACCGGGAAAUCUGCUGCUACUCUAUUUCCUGCAAGGAGCGAGACAACAUUGACAUCACCCUCCAAUGGCUCAUUUCACACUCUAAAUCGUCGGGGCGCUGACGCCCCGGCGGCCACCGGGCCCUCUUGGGUCUUGUAGCGUUGCCGCGGACCUGCCGACUGCCCCAGCCAACACCCUGCAACCCUACGGAACCUGCCGAGGCCUUCCGAAGACCGCCCCUGGUGCCUCCUCGGCGAUGGCCACUCGACACGCACCUCGUCGGAGCGCUAUGGGGGGAAACUGGGCACGGGUCUUUGGGCAAGAUGUUCCUUGUGACCUUGGCAGUCGACACUACCGUGGGACUCCUGCUGUUCUUGCGUGGGCUAUUGACGAGCGUUGGCUCAAGAUCGAGGCUGGAUUUGGGCACAUUCCACGGGAAGGACACCUUGGCUUUGUUUGUUCCGGGCGCUGUCUAUUUAUGCCUUUAUUCAACAUCUAGCCGUGCAACCUAAUUUCUGUGACGACCGAGCGUUUUCCCUCUAUUUCCUUUUCUUUUAUUUGAUUUUGUGGAUGCGAGAGAUUGAGGGCGAUGGGUAUGGUAUUGAGUCUGGUACCUGCUCGCCCCUUUUGCCAUGCCUAAUGUUUUUUUUUGGUUUGUUCAGAAUAAAAGUUGUAGUGACUUUU